GAAUACCACACGGGAUGGCCAUAGUAGCUGCAGCGCACUCCGGUUCCCCGCACACGAUGGAGCCCUUCGUACUUGGCUCUGUCAUUAGUCCCGCGCCUGCCGUCUUGGAGAGCUUGGUUAACAUGAAAGCGGUAUGUUUUGCGCAAGAAGCUCCACCGCUGCCUCGCUCGUUACGAUUCUUCGAUUCCUUAUAUGGCCCUCAUACGUUCUUCAAGCGCUGUAUUAACCCUCGCCUCGGCCAAUAUCAAAAUCGCCAUUUCUUGCCCCUGUUGGACCCUCUCACAAGAUGGCAGACAUCGAAAAGCAGAGCGUCGAGCAGCGUGAAAACGUCGCCCAGACCCUCGAGGAGCUCAGGCAUACCACAACGGUCGACACGGUACACCAAGAUGAAGCCUUGAAAGUUCUUGCACACUAUGCUGGAGACACGACAUGGACACCGGAGGAAGAGAAGAAGCUGGUGCGGAGGAUCGACCGGAAGCUCAUCACGUUGCUGUGUAUCACGUACGGUCUUCAGUACUACGAUAAGGCCAUGUUGUCGCAGGCGGCGCUCUUCGGAUUGAGGGAGGAUCUCGAGCUUAGCGUAGGAAACCGCUACUCCUUUUCGGCCAGCAUCUUCUACCUUGGCUUCAUAGUCGGCUCCUAUCCAGCGAUCUUCAUGGCACAGCGGUUUCCCAUCGAACGCGUCGCGGCUGGCAUCGUUUCCGUUUGGGGCGUUUGCCUGAUGUGCUCGGCGGCGUGCCACAACUGGCAGGGCUUCUACGCCCAGCGCUUCUUCCUCGGCUUCCUGGAGUCCGGCAUCUCGCCCAUGUUCAUGCUGGUCGUUGGCGGGUGGUACAAGAAGCGGGAACAAGCUUUGCGGAUGGGCGCUUGGUAUUCUUGCACGGGCUACGUCUCGGCAAUCUCCCCGCUCAUCAACUACGGCCUCGGGCACAUCAAAGGCGGCGGGUUAAACAGCUGGCAAUACAUGUACCUGGUCGCGGGUGCCAUCACCGUCCUUUGGGCCUUGGUCAUCCUCUUCUUCAUGCCCCCGGAUCCCAUUCGCGCGCGCGGCUUUGACGAGCGCGAGCGCUACAUUGCCGUCGCACGCAUGCGCGAGAACAACUCAGGCGUGCGCAACACCCACUUCAAGAAGGAGCAGGCGUGGGAGGCUCUGCGCGACCUCAAGUUCUGGCUGAUCUUCUCUAUCGCUUUCCUUAUGAUGAUCGCUAAUGGGCCGGUCUCGUCCUUCAUCCCCAUCAUCAUCUCCGGAUUCGGAUACAACAGCCUUAAUUCGCUGCUCCUGACGCUGCCUGCUGGUGUUAUUAUUGGGACCAUCGAGCUGGGCGCACCAUACCUUGCCUACCGCAUCCCUCAGAUUCGCACGUGGAUCAUCGCCGUGUGCCAGCUGGGGACCAUUCUCGCGUCCAUCCUUCUUUGGCAGCUCCCACGAAGCGCCAAAGGAGGCCUACUGUUUGGGUGCUACAUCCUCGCUUCAUUUGGCGGGGCCUACGCCGUGACAAUGGGCCUCCAGAUCGCCAACACGGCGGGAUAUACGAAGCGCUCUGUGACCUCUUCGGGUAUUUUCGUGGGCUACUGUCUUGGCAAUUUCGUCGGGCCGCUGCUCUUUAAGCCCAAGGACGCGCCAGUCUACGCACCAGGGUUCAUCGCCGUGCUCAUUACCUCGAUCGUUGCCGCCAUCCUGGCUAUCGUCUACCGUUAUGUGUGCAUCUGGGACAACCGGAAACGGGACAAGACAGGCACUAUGGAAGGGUUCGAGCAUGCCUACGAAGAUGACCUCACGGAUAAGAAGAAUCCCCAGUUUAGAUACACGUUGUAGGUAUGGGCUCGGGUUCCAUUUGUGGGAAGGCCAUGCAGCGCAGAGAGAUCUGGGCGGGCUCCGGAAGGACGGGGAUGAAUACUACUUGAACCUUUGCGGCACCCCUCCUCGCGGUGGGCCCGA